GCUGCAAUAUCCAAGUCUUGACAUUGCGAAGAUGGAGGCUGUUAUGGUCUAGACCAGGACACAUAGAAAGCACCAACUGCAAGUUUCAGAGCCCUGUUAUGACAACAUUUCCAGCUGGUCCAGGUGGAGGCAGGAGGUGUGAGUAGAGUGCAGUAGACAUCGGCAGCAUGUACUCCGAGUGGCGCUCGCUGCAGUUGGUGGUGCAGAGCGACCAGGGCCACCUCAGUGUACUGCACACCUAUCCUACCAGCGUGGGCACAGAGGUGGCAAAUGCCGUGGUCAAGCCUCUGGGAACAGCUGUAAGCCCCGUCGCCACAGAGAACAUCCUCAAGACAGACAAGGAGGUAAAGUGGACCAUGGAGGUGCUGUGUUAUGGCCUCACCCUUCCCCUAGAAGGGGACACUGUCAAGCUGUGUGUAGAUGUGUACACAGACUGGAUGAUGGCCUUGGUGUCGCCAAGGGACUCGAUGCCUCAACCUGUAGUCAAGGAGCCCAAUAUGUACGUGCAGACCAUCCUCAAACAUCUUUACAACGUCUUUGUACCAAGGCCUGAACAGCACAGUCUGAACCAUAUCAGGCUUUGCCAGCAGGUUCUGACAGCAGUCCAGAAACUGGCACGAGAGUCUGUUUCUAUGGUUAGAGAAACCUGGGAGGUUCUGCUGCUCUUCCUGCUUCGCAUCAACGACACAUUGCUUGCCCCACCCACAGUUGGAGUUGGGGUGGCAGAGAAACUGGCAGAGAAAUUGAUGGCAGUGCUGUUUGAGGUGUGGCUGCUGGCAUGUGCCCGCUGUUUUCCCACGCCACCAUACUGGAAGACAGCAAGGGAGAUGCUGGCCAACUGGAGACACCACCCUCCUGUUGUAGAGCAGUGGAGCAGGGUGGCCUGUGCUCUGACCUCUAGACUUUUGCGCUUUACCCACGGACCAUCCUUCCCACCUUUUAAAGUUCCUGAUGAGGAUGCCAACCUUAUUCCUUUAGAGAUGGACAAUGACUGUGUGGCACAGACGUGGUACCGCUUUCUCCACAUGCUCAGCAACCCAGUGGACCUGAGCAACCCUGCAAUUGUGAGCACCACUCCAAAGUUUCAGGAACAGUUUCUUAACUCCAGCGGUAUCCCUCAUGAAGUGGUGCUGCAUCCGUGUUUGAAACAGCUCCCCCAGAUCUUCUUCAGGGCCAUGAGGGGUGUCAGCUGCCUAGUGGACGCCUUCUUGGGUAUAUCACGUCCCAGAGCUGACAGUGCCCCGCCAACCCCAGUCAACAGAAUGAGCAUGUCUCCGCCCCCCUCCAUCGCCAACACCACGCCCCCUCACAGCCGCAAGCAGCGGCAUACAGUGGUCACCAAAACCACGAGCAAGAGUUCAACCGGCAGUGGUAGUCAACCAACCAAAGCAUCCCAGCAGCAGCAGCAGCAGCAGCAGCAAACUUCGUCCUCCCCGACCCUGCUUUCGAGUCCCAACCAGAGCAGUUGGGAGUCUCGGCCCCUGCCAGCCCCGGCACGGCCAAAGGUCAACAGCAUCCUUAACCUGUUCGGCCAGUGGCUUUUCGACGCUGCUUUGGUGCACUGUAAGCUCCACAGUGGCCUCAGUCGAGACCCUAGCAUGACUGCGAUAGCCACUCAAGUAGGUCUGGAGCUGAGACGGAAGGGUUCUCAAAUGUCCACUGACUCCAUGGUGUCUAACCCCAUGUUUGACGCCAACGAGUUCCCAGAGAGCUACGAGGCAGGACGAGCCGAGGCCUGUGGGACUCUCUGCCGCAUCUUCUGUAGCAAGAAAACUGGAGAAGAGAUUCUGCCUGUUUACCUGUCCAGGUUUUAUAUGGUCCUCAUUCAGGGUCUCCAGAUCUCUGAUUUCAUCUGUAGACCAGUUCUGGCUUCUAUCAUUCUCAACUCUUCCUUUCUCUUCUGUACUGACCUUAAGGGCAUCAAUGUGGUGGUGCCCUACUUCAUAGCUGCCCUGGAGACAAUUGUACCAGACAGGGAGCUGUCCAAAUUCAAGAUGUAUGUGAAUCCCACCGACUUGAGGAGAGCCUCCAUCAACAUCCUGCUGGCCAUGUUGCCAUUGCCGCAUCACUUUGGCAACAUCAAAUCAGAGGUUCUGUUGGAGGGAAAGUUCAAUGAGGAGGAUGGGUGGCCUCAUGACCAGCCUGUGUCUUUCCUGUCCCUGAGGCUACGUCUUGUCAAUGUCCUGAUAGGAGCACUGCAGACUGAGACUGACCCCACUAACACUCAGCUCAUCCUGGGUGCAAUGCUCAAUAUUGUUCAAGACUCAGCACUGUUGGAGUCCAUAGGUGCACAGACUGAAACCGGGAGUAUAGAUGGGAGCCACGUGACAGUAAGGAGUCAGAGUCACAGUCGCACCAACAGUGGCAUUAGUUUCACCAGUGGGGGCAGCACAGAGGCUACCAGCCCAGACUCUGAGCGUCCUGCUCAGGCCCUGCUUCGAGACUAUGCUCUUCCAGAUACAGCGGCAGGCCUGCUGGUGCGCAGCAUCCACCUGGUCACUCAGAGGCUCAACUCUCAGUGGAGGCAAGACAUGAGCAUUUCACUGGCUGCCCUGGAGCUGCUGGCCGGGCUUGCCAAGGUAAAGGUGGGAGUAGAUUCUGCAGACCGUAAACGUGCUGUCAGCUCUAUAUGUGGGUACAUUGUGUACCAGUGUAGCCGUCCAGCUCCUCUUCAGUCCCGAGACCUCCACUCUAUGAUUGUAGCUGCCUUCCAGUUUCUGUGUGUGUGGCUUACAGAACACCCUGAUAUGCUGGAUGAGAAGGAUUGUUUGGUAGAGGUGUUGGAGAUUGUGGAGCUGGGAAUCUCUGGUAGCAAGUCCCGACAAGAACAGGAGGUUCGACAUAAAGGAGAGAAGGAGCACAACCCAGCUUCAAUGAGGGUGAAGGAUGCUGCUGAGGCGACUUUGUCCUGUAUCAUGCAGGUGUUAGGGGCCUUCCCCUCUCCCAGCGGGCCCGCCUCCACCUGCAGCCUACUGAAUGAAGACACCCUGAUUCGCUAUGCCAGACUCAGUGCCACAGGAGCCAGCAACUUCCGCUACUUUGUCUUGGACAACUCGGUCAUCCUCGCUAUGCUGGAGCAGCCUCUCGGCAAUGAGCAGAAUCCCAGUCCAUCAGUGACAGUUUUGAUCCGAGGCACGGCCGGCAGACAUGCCUGGACCAUGCAGCUCUUCCACCAACCCAGAGGAGCUCGUGCCAAUCAGAGGCAGGUGUUUGUUCCUGAGGGCCGUCCAAUGCCCAACAAUGAUGUGGGGAUCAAGUACAACGUCAAGCAGAGGCCCUUCCCUGAAGAGGUGGAUAAGAUUCCUCUUGUCAAAGCUGAUGUUAGUAUUCCUGACCUGGAUGACAUUGUCAGUAAAGAGCUGGAAGUUCAGCAUGACAAGCUUCGAAUUCUGAUGACCAAGCAGAUAGAGUAUGAGAAUGCCUUGGAGCGCCACAGUGAAGAAAUCUGGAAGUCCAAGCCUUUCCCUGACCCACAGACAGACUGCAAACCCCCUCCACCCUCGCAGGAGUUCCAGACAGCACGUCUCUUCCUCUCCCACUUUGGCUUUCUGUCUCUGGAGGCACUCAAGGAGCCAAACAACAGUCGUCUACCUCCUCAUCUGAUUGGCCUGGAGUCAUCCUUGCCAGGGUUUUUUGAUGACAUCAGCUACCUGGACCUGCUUCCCUGCCGACCAUUCGACACUGUCUUUAUUUUCUACGUGAGAGCUGGACAGAAAAACAGCCAUGAGAUCCUGAGGAAUGUGGAGUCAUCAUCCAGUGUCCAGCCCCACUUUUUGGAGUUCCUGCUGUCCUUGGGCUGGCCUGUGGACGUGGGACGCCACCCCGGGUGGACGGGACACCUAGAUACCAGCUGGUCCCUCAACUCCUGCUCCGACAGCAAUGAUAUACAACAGACAGAGGAAGCAGCUACUCCUGAGGACACAGGAGGUUCCGUGUUCAAUGGGGAGAAGAAAGUUUUGUACUACGCUGAUGCUCUGACAGAGAUUGCCUUUGUUGUUCCAUCUUUAACAGAAAAUUCUGAGGAGUCAUCAGUGCACAGUGACUCCACAGUGGAGGCAGACACCAACACAGACAUCAUGCCUGGCUUACUCAAACAACCCAAUCUCACACUGGAGCUGUUCCCCAAUCAUUCUGAAAACCUGGAGUCUGCCAAGAAGCUGAGUCCUUUGGUGAAGACAAAGAGGUCAUCGACUGGAAAGUCUUUCCCACCACUGGGUCCUGAGACAAAGGUGUUUGUGGUCUGGGUUGAACGCUUUGAUGAUAUCGAGAACUUCCCGUUGUCUGAUCUGUUGGCGGAAACCAGCACGGGCUUGGAAGCUAGCAUGAGCAACAGCACUUCCUGCAGGUCAGGGUUACUAGAGAAGGACGUUCCUCUGAUCUUCAUCCACCCUCUGAAGACGGGACUCUUCAGGAUCCGGCUGCACGGAGCUGUGGGCAAAUUUGGCAUGGUGAUUCCCCUGGUGGAAGGCAUGGUGGUCAGCCGCAGAGCCCUAGGUAAUAGUUUGUAUGGCUUGCUGUGACUUUACUUGUCCCUCCCUCCCAACCACGCUUCGUUUUUGCCCUGUCAGAAAGAACAGAGUCAGCAAAUCUUAAUGCAUCCCAGGGAAUGUAUUCGGAUCGUUGAUGAGCUGACUGAAAUAAUAUUGUGCACACAUUAAUAUUUUAUGUUAAUAGGUUGGUUUGGUUAGGAUGGUUACUGAGUUUGAAAUGUCCUCGAAAU